AUGGCGAAGGAGUUCACGGAGGCCCUGCUCGGCGCGGCGGAGACGGAGCUGUCUGAGGAACCCCGGAGGCGGCGCACCACGGAAUGGAACAUGACCACCGCGGCACGGACAGCCCUGGCGACCGCCCUUGACAAGCGACGGGCUGCGCGACAUUCCUUCAAGGCCGGACCGAACGCAGCAACGUGGAGGAUCCUCAAAGCAACGUGCAAGGGGGUGAAGGCAACAAUCGCAACGAGCAUCUACGACCACCUGGAAAGAUACGUGACGGAGCUCGAAGCGAUCUACCAGGACCGCGACAUGCGGGGGCUGUACCAACACCUCAAGCGGUCAACGGGCCUCAGCGGGAGACAAGCUGGGGGGCAGCAGUUCGUUACAGACGAGAACGGCGUGCUACUCCGGAACAAGGAUGCCAUCCUCAAGCGGUGGCGGAGAUUCUUCAAUACCCUCCUGAACUCCAAGUCCCCCACUCUGAACCCAGACGUUGUCGAACAGGUGAUGCAGCGACCAGCGACGCGCGCCACCCGACACCUGGCGGCGGUACCAGACCUCGAGGAGGUUGAGGCGGCGACGAAAGGCCUGGGGAACUGGAAGGCGGUUGGUCCCGACCUCCUUGCCGCCGAACUGCUCAAGGUCGACGGCGACGACGAGCCAGUUGUACUGGAGCGCCUCCGUGCCAUCUUCGUCGAAGUGUGGAAUGGGGGAGAGAUGCCGCAGGAGUGGAAGGAUGCCAUCAUUAAGGUGCUGUACAAGAAGGGUGACCGUUCGAACUGCAACAACUACAGGGGCAUCUCGCUGCUCUCGCAUGUAGGCAAAGUACUCGCCAAGACCAUCACCAACCGCCUGAGCGCAUUCUGCGAAGCCAACGAAAUCCUCCCGGAGGAACAGUGCGGGUUCCGGCCUGGCCGAUCCACGGUAUGCAUGCUGUUCGUUGUGCGCCGACUCCAGGAGCUGGGGCGGAGGAGGAGAAUCCCGCUCUACAUGUGCUUCAUCGAUCUGCAGAAGGCAUAUGACUCGGUGGACCGGGAGCUACUGUGGAAGGUGCUGGCCCGGGCCGGGAUCCCCGGGGAGAUGAUCGCCGUCAUCCGCAAGUUCCACGUCGGAAUGCGGGCCCGGGUCCGCACGGACGAUGGGGAGCUAUCGGACUGGUUCCCGGUCACGCAGGGAUUACGACAAGGGUGCUCAAUGUCCCCACUGCUGUUCAACGUCUUCUUCGCAGCGCCUCUCGAGAUCAUUGUCACACGGUUCAGCCAAGAUGAGGUUAUCGUGCGGGACCUAGUGUACUUGAAGGAGGAGGAACGGAGGGGGGGGGGAUUGCUGGACCGAGUCCGGAGGGCGGUGUGGGGGAUGCUAUAUGCCGACGAUGCCGGCGUUGUGUCGAAGUCCGCCGACGGCCUGGCGAGGAUGAUGACCAUUAUCGUGGAGGUGUUCCGGGAGUUCGGGCUGACGGUGUCGGAGAGGAAGACGGAGACCCUGGUGAUGCGGGUGAAGGAGAGACAGCGACCGCCGCCGCCGCCACCGCCGGUGCUGACCAUCGAAGCAGCGGGGCAAAGGUACGCACAGACGACCGAGUUCCGAUACCUGGGCGGCCUCGUCAACGAGCAGGGCGACCUUACCCGAGAGAUCAACCACAGGAGCAAAGCAGCGUGGGCGUGCAUUAAGCGAUACGCCACGGAGCUCUUCGACCGACCGGGAGCACCGUUUCGCCUCAAAGCCCGCCUGCUCCAGGCGGAGGCAGUGGAGGCACUGCUAUACGGCUGCAUGACAUGGUCCCCACGCCGCAACCACUACGGAAUGCUGCAGACGACACACCACCGGCUACUCCUGCGAGUCAUCGGCUACCGGCGCAAACGAGGCACCUACCGGCAGCUGUCAUACGCCCAGGCGCUAAAGAGGGUCGGCUGCCAGAGCGUGGAGGCCACUGUCCGUCAACGGCGCCUGCUCUUUGCGGGGGCCGUGGCAAGACAGCCGGACGGGCGGCUUCCGAAACGGCUGAUGUUCGGCGAGUUGGUGGGAGGGGAGGACCCGGGCCAGGGAAACCCGGAGCAGAACUGGCUGACAUGCCUGAAGGACGACAUGAAGAUGUUCGAAGCCAGGUACGGCUCCACGACCGACAAGCCGAGCGUCUUCGGAGUCCCGAAGUUAGUCUGGAGUGAGGCGGCGAAGGUGGAGGGGGGGGUACCGUGGCACGCGGGGGUGCUACAGGGAGCUGAGAGGUUCAUGGCCUCUUGGCACAAGGGCAAGGAGGAGGCCAGCCGACAACGAGCCAUCAAACGAGGAGACAGCCGGCCCAAAAAUAGUCUAGAUACGGCACCAAUCAACGGGGCGGUAGGGGGGCGGAAGGAAACGGCGCGGCGGGAAGAAAGCAAGCGAGAAGAGACCGACCGCGUGACGUGA